GCGGCGCGGAGGGUGGAGCCGCGAGCCGGGCCGGCAGGUGCGCGCGGGGCGGAGGGCGGAGCCGCGAUGCCGCGAUGGAGCGCAGCCCGGGCGGGCGCCGGGACCGGGGCCGGAGCGCCAGGCGGAGCGCGAGCCCGAGCCGCAGGCAGAGCCCGGACCGGGCCGGCGUCCGGGACCGCGGGGCCGGGGUGCUCGUAGCGGCGGCGACGGAGCCCCCCAGCGGCUGAGGGGCCUCCUCCCAGCGCUUGCGGGCGGCCGGGACGCAGCGAGCCCCCGCAGCCGGGGAGCGGGGGGAUCCCCCACGGCACCCAGACCCAGAGCACCCCAGGAAAGCGGGGGGAGGCCCCCAGAGCCAACACAGAACGACUCCCCGCCGGGGACGGCGAAGACUUCCUCCGUGUCCAGGAGACAGCGACGUCCCUGCGGUGCCGCGGAGACUCCCCUCUUCGGUCCGGGCGCCCCCCAAGACCGAGAACGCAGUGACCCUCCUGUCCGGGAGCGCGGCGCCCCCCUCAAGAUCCCGGCCAGUACAACUCCACACCUCAAGGCACGAAGACCCGGCGCGGAGCGCCCUGCAUCGGGGAGCCCUAGACCCCCCAGUUCCGGCGCACAAAGCCCAAAUCUAGGGACCUGAGGACGGAAGAGCUAUUCCUCACCAGCAAGAGGCCUCGGGGACACCCCUGCACACACACACACACACACACACUCAAAGCUCCAGGACCCGGCGACUGAGCCCCUCGCGGCGCCCCUCGCAUCCCAGCCGGCGGCGGUGGCGCCCUGAGCCCCCGGGCCGGGCUGACGGGAACCGAGACGGCGCCCAGGCCCCCCGCCGCGGCGUCCCCGCGGCCCCCGCCCAGGGAGAAGAUGAGCGUGGGCUGCCCAGAGCCCGAGCCACCCCGCGCUCUGCCCUGCUGUGGGCCAGGGACGGCCCUUGGGCUGGGGGCAGGCGUGCCCCUCCUCACUGAAGACAUGCAGGCCCUGACCCUCCGCACCCUGGCUGCUAGCGAUGUCACCAAGCACUACGAACUGGUGCGGGAGCUGGGUAAAGGCACCUAUGGGAAGGUUGACCUGGUGGCCCACAAGGGCACAGGCAUGAAAAUGGCGCUGAAAUUUGUGAACAAGAGCAAAACCAAGCUGAAGAACUUCCUGCGGGAGGUGAGCAUCACCAACAGCCUCUCCUCCAGCCCCUUCAUCAUCAAGGUCUUUGACGUGGUGUUUGAGACCGAGGACUGCUAUGUCUUUGCCCAGGAGUAUGCGCCUGCUGGGGACCUGUUCGACAUCAUUCCUCCGCAGGUGGGGCUCCCGGAGGACACGGUGAAGCGCUGCGUGCAGCAGCUGGGCCUGGCGCUGGACUUCAUGCACGGGCGGCAGCUGGUGCACCGCGACAUCAAGCCCGAGAACGUGCUGCUGUUCGACCGCGAGUGCCGCCGCGUGAAGCUGGCCGACUUCGGCAUGACGCGCCGCGUGGGCUGCCGCGUGAAGCGGGUCAGCGGCACCAUCCCGUACACGGCGCCCGAGGUGUGCCAGGCGGGCCGCGCCGACGGGCUGGCCGUGGACACGGGCGUGGACGUGUGGGCCUUCGGCGUGCUCAUCUUCUGCGUGCUCACCGGCAACUUCCCGUGGGAGGCGGCCUCGGGCGCCGACGCCUUCUUCGAGGAGUUCGUGCGCUGGCAGCGCGGCCGCCUGCCGGGGCUGCCGUCGCAGUGGCGCCGCUUCACCGAGCCGGCGCUGCGCAUGUUCCAGCGGCUGCUGGCGCUCGAGCCCGAGCGGCGCGGCCCGGCCAAGGAGGUCUUCCGCUUCCUCAAGCACGAGCUCACGUCCGAGCUGCGGCGCCGGCCCUCGCACCGCGCCCGCAAGGCCCCGGGGGACCGCCCGCCCGCCGGGCCGCUGCGCCUCGAAGCGCCCGGGCCGCUCAAGCGCACGGUGCUGACCGAGAGUGGCAGCGGCUCCCGGCCCCCGCCCCCGGCUGUCGGGCCCGUGCCCGUGCCCGUGCCCGAGGCUGGGCUGGCGCCCCCGGGCCCGCCUGGCAGGACCGACGGCCGCCCGGACAAGAGCAAAGGGCAGGUGGUGCUGGCCACGGCCAUCGAGAUCUGCGUCUGAGCCGCCCUGCCGCCCUCGGGCCGGGCGCUGGUUCCUGUGCACGCAGCCGGCUGGGCGCUGGAGCCGCCCUGGGCCCCGCCAGGCGGGUGGCGGGGGCGGUGGGGUGGCCGUGGCCGUGGCCGUGGCCGUGGCAACACCGCCCAGCCCGCGGCGGUGGAGGGAGUAGUUGUAGUCUAGGCAGGACGGCAGCCCCGGCGCCCGUCCAUCCGCUUGAAGGGCUGGGGAUAGACACCAAAGGCCUCUGGCCUGGCCUGUGGCGCCCAUAGGAGCCAAGCCCCACAGACCCGAGGGUUCAGAGGCCCCCCUGACACCUGGAGCAAGGGAGCUUGCGGGUGGACUCCCCAACACCUCCCUGAACCCCAGAACAUCGACUAGUCGCCCCUGGCCCUUCGCACCCCCUGGCAGAGCAUCCCUCAGCCCCGCCCCAGUCCUGCCCUCCUGCCCCUGACACACCCUGGGCACAGAAAGGGGCAGGAGUGUUGGGGCAGAGAAGAGGCUGAGGACCCUGGGCGCUGCUGGAAGGAGGACAAUGAGCUGGGAGCAGGGUGUUGCUCACCUGCAUCCUGCGGGCUCCUGGGAGGCUGGAGGGGAAAGGCCGGCCCCUUGCAAAAUGUAGCAAAUGUCUGGGUGUUGCAAAGUCUGUGCCCAGGCACAGGCCCUAGGAAUCCAGUGACUCCUCCCCACCCGUUCUGAUGAGGAUGCCGAUUGCAGGAGGGCAGCUUGCCUUGGGCCACCAGACCUGAGAGGUGGAGGUCCCGUAGCCCUCACCCUCCUCCUCAGAGGGCAGAAGGGCUCCCAGGGCAGGGACCCCGGCACCCCUAGGGUAGGGGAGUGUAGAGCCCAAGGCAGGGCCCAGCUCCCCUGCCCGCCACACCUUCCCCAGGCCCAGGGAACCUCUCAGAUCCCCCCAGUCCUGCUGCCCAGCCCAGAGAGUGCCCUGGCUGGCGGUGAGGUGAUUGGUGCCAGAAAUUCCCCUGGGUCUCUGCUGGGUCAGCCUCGGCCAGCCCUGUCCCCACGGCGCACAUUUCCCGUCCUGGCGUGUGACGCCGCGGGUGUGAGAACGGGUGCCGAGGAAACAGCAGGGCGUGGGUGUGCGGUGUGAGCGCACAGAGUGCACACGUGUGCGUGCAGCCUUGUGUGUCGAGUGACUGCGUCAGAGGCCUCAGCAACUCCUCCCUGCUCCAGGGCUCCUGCCGGGCAGCUGCCAAGGGCACCAGGCCUGCUUCUCACCACCCCCUCAGGGAAUCCGCCAGGAGGCACCCACAGGCUGGUUCAGGCCCCAGGCAGCACAACCGCGGAGAGGAGCCCAGCCUCACACAGGGCUCCCUCAUCGCCCGGCCCGCUGUGGAGGCCCAGGACCUGCAAUAACCUCAACAUGGUGAGGCUGCCCCCUCUGCCUGGCAGGGCACCAUUCACCACCAUGCGCCCCACCUGCCAGGUCCCUUCUGGCCAUUUGAGAGGGCUCUGUAAUGGGCCAGGCUGACCAGAGGAGCCCCGACCACCCUCUGGCCUGGAGCCCCCCUCCAUUCACCCCUUAUUCCCACCGCACAAAAGGGCUAUAGGUCCCCCUGCCCUGCCUGGGUCCAGUUUACAAACAGGUUGCCCCAGGGCCUGGCCCCCACCCCCUCAGUGUGCGCCCUCUCAAGACCCACCUCGCCAGCAGGCAUCGGGGCCUCCACACGCCAGGUAAGUAGCAAACCCCUUCUUUCACCAAGGGCCAAGGCCCGUCACUGCCCCGGACCCCGGACCCCGGAGCCCACCACCGGCACCUCUCCUUUUGCCUUAGGCCUUUCGACAUCCUGUCUCCUGCAAUAACAAGGAAGCGAGAUUCCAAGUAGAUGUCCCUCGCGUGCGUCCUCUCCCUCUCUCUGUUGAGGUCCUCGUCUUAGUAGCUAGGAUGUUAGCGCUGGGAAGGGACGGUAGUUGUGUAGCCCAGCAUCGUCAGGGCACAGCGGGGGCAGGGACGCUGACUCAGCAGGGCUGGAACCAGGGCUGCUCCGCUGUGGCCGCGGCUGCCCCGGCUGGCUGCGCUGCGGGUUGGUUGGGACCCUUUGCCCCUUAGGAGAGGUGUUGGUCACAGAUGUUUACCUCAGUUUAUGUCACUGUCGAAGAAACAAAAAAAUAAAUAGCAAAAAGUAACACCGUAGACAUGAAGACUUAGAAAACAAAAAAAAAAAACUUUAAAGAAAUCCUCCCCUUGCUAUCCCUCUGUGAGGUGUGUGUGUGUGUGCGCGCGCCACGUCUCUGUCCCACCCUGGGCAGGCCCCCUGUCCUUUGGUGCUUCCCAGAGGCCCCUCUGAGCUGGCCUGUAGGGUGUGGGGAGCCCCCUGGGCAGGAGGCAGGGCCACAAGUUAGCUAGCGGGUCUGCCAGGCCCCUGAGCAGAGCCUCAAGGCCACCAAUGCUCCCUGAGCCCCUCGCUGUGGCCGAUGGGACAGUUGUGGUGGCAUCGUAGCCAGGCUCAGGGCCUGGGUGGGACCCCCCAGCCCCACAUAUAUUGACACCCCCUCCCCAUGUGUUUGUAAAUACUCUGGCAUCCUUUGGCCCUGAGGAGGUUUUUAAAUGUGUUAUUCUCUAUCAUGACAAUUGCUAUAAAAUAAAAAAUUCAGAAAAAUUA